UUGUUUGUUCAACAAACACAGUUCAACCGUUCCCUGUGUUGGGGUUGCACCACUCUUCUCAAUCGUCGAGAACGAGAACUCCCUGGGAUCACACAGCCGCCGCUCAUUACGCCAGAGCCUAACGACAUCACCACUCUCAUAUAAUCCCUGAGAGGAAAGGCAUGCCGAAGAAUCGCUGUAAGAUUUGUAGAGGUGCUGUUUGCUCAUUUCAAAAUGAGACUCCCUCUCCUUCAGGCUCUCAGCCACAAGAGGCUGAUCCUGCAUUUGUUGUGUCAUACCACCGGCAAAAGACUUCAGGACCGGGGAAUCAUCCGAUCCAUCCUCGCCGGAGGGCCUCAGCCAGUUGGCCAACAUGAACCAUAUGGCCGACUUCAGUAUCUUGGAAUCGUACCAGUGGGAUCCUCGGCGCCUCACCCCCUAGCGCACAAUGGGUACCCAGCUGCCAUGCCCAUUUCCGGAGAUCCUGCACCAUCUUACCCUCAGUUUUCUGUGGGACUUGCCUCCGAACCCCAUUCAACCUCCGCUGCCAUCUUCCCUCAUGCUCAACUGGAGCCAUCGGCUCCCACAACCCAGGAUGGUGAAUGGUCACAUACUCCUACCGAAACCUCGGCUCGAAACUCUGUUAUCGAGCUAGCUCCGACCAUCAGUGGUCGGUGGCCCAACUUCAAUGGUGCCACAGGCACACAUUUCCCCAGAGGGUAAGCGCCGGCACGUUAAGGCUAGGCCAUCAGCCAUUGAGCAGGGAGCGCUUUCUUUCCUGGCCGAUGAUACGCUUAUGCCAGCUAUCACACCCAUGCUGCCAUUACAUUCUCUAGCAUAUCCCGCUUCCCCCUUCAGCAACUAGUAUUCUAUGAGGAUGCAUCGCUUGCGCGCACCUAUUUGGGACGUUCUCAUCAUUGUAACAUGUGUUUUCAUGCUUGUAUGCACCCAAAAAACUUACCAAUACCAUUCUCAUUUGC